AUGACGCCGCACCAAGAAGACUUGUUCGACUACAAGAACAUAGUGACAAGAAUUGAGGUGACCAUCGCUGAUGGAAAGAAGAUAGGAACUGGGUCGGUGCGCUUAACGGUCAUUGACGGCAAGCGCAUUCAGAUGCUAGACGUCCUCCAAAUCCCUGGCCUGGAUCGACGACUACAAUCGGUCGGCAAGAUUGUAGAACGCGGGCUCAAUGCUGAGUUUGAACGCACAUCAUGUAUCAUUUGA